AGAUGCAUGUUGCUAUAGCGACAGCGUCCUGGCAACAACUCCCAGCUGCUGCUUUGCUUCUUCUUCUCCGAGGCCCAGCCAAGAAGAGCGAGGGGGCUCUUCGGUUGCCACGCUCCUCGGUUGCCGCGGUGGAGGCAGGAAGCAGCAACAGAGGGGCACCAGUACAUCCCAGCUUCAUCCUGGGAAGCCUUUAGGUGUGGCUGCUGACCUGAAAAAUACCUACACCCCCCAAACAAGAAGUGUAGUCGAAUAUGCUGCUAUGAUACUCAGAAGCAGAUUUGGGGCACUCCAGCCCUGCCCUAACCAGACCCAGGCAUAAAUUCUUGGAAAGAGAGGAUGGCACAGCGAAGCCCGAUAUUCUCCACACUUGGCCCAACUGAAAGACGAAUCCGGAACAUCCCCCUCCACAGCCAAGCUCUGACGGCCAUUCCUCUUGGGUCAGCGAGACUCGUGGACCAGCUAGAAGACAGGAUUCUCAGCCAUGAGAAGACAACAGCCGCCCUUGUGGAACACGCUUUUCGCAUCAAGGAAGACAUUGUUUGCACGCUGCAUAGGAUGCAGAACAAAGGCGGAGGGGACCGGCUGGCCAGGCAGCUCUUGGAAGAGCACAUCCGCAACAUCACAGCCAUCGUCAGGCAGCUGAACCGGGACAUUGAGGCUCUACAGGAACAGAUCCGUGUCAGGGAUAACCUCAGUUACGGAACGAAUUCGACACUGAAGAGCCUGGAGAUGCGUCAGUUAUCUGGUCUGGGAGAUCUCAGAGGUCGGGUUACAAGGUGUGAUACUGGGUUAGCCAGAUUGUCUGCUGAACACAAAGUUACCUACGAAAGACUACAGAACCUAAGCAAAGAUCAGCAGGCGACCAAGUUGAUAUUGGAGUCUAAAAUAAAAGAAGCAGAAAUACAGAUUUCUCACCUUUUGAGCAGAAUAGAGCAGUCAAUCAUGCAACAGGAAGCCAAACUGAAGCUCACAUAUAAAGAGAGCAACCAACAGCUCCACCUUCUGGACACAAAAUUGCAGGAUGCCAUUGAUUACCUCAGUAACCAGAUCUCAUCUGCACGAAACUGGAUGGAACAGGAGCAUGACCGGUUUGAGAAAGAGUUUCUGGAGAAGAUUGAUCAGCUGUCCCUGGCCAUUAAGGAAAAAAGUGAAAUGGACAGCAGGGCCUUAGAGAUGCAAUUCAGCGAGAUCCAAGGGAAACUUAAUAAAAUGGAAGACGGGCAAAAGAUCACCACGGAAGAACACGGAGCAAAGAAGACCGAAGACAGAAUCAACAUCCAGCUCAGCAAACUUCAGAUGGAUAUUAAUGAAGAUAUAAAGGAAGUGAAAGCCGAGGUUAAUGCUGGAUUUGCGACCAUCUACGAGAGCAUUGGAUCUCUUCGGCAGGUUCUUGAAGCCAAAAUGAAACUGGAUAAGGAAGAGCUGCAGAAGCAGAUUCAGCAAAUGAAGUAAAGGCAUCUGAAUGCAGCUCACCUGAGCAGCUGGAAGAAAAAUGGAUCUGGUCUGCCUAUAAUGUUGAUCCAGGCUGCGAUAUAAAUCUGAUGCAUGGACAGAGCUAUGUGCUCCCGAUCUUGUGGAGCUGUAUGGUUACUGUAAAUAGUAAAAAGACAGCAUUGCUAUCAAAAAUACUUUUUACGGAAGACCUGUGAGGACCACUGCCCUGUAACUCCAGAUCUAAGCUCCAUUGACUCCAGAAGAGUUGCCUCACAUAACUUGGGUCACAGAUUUUUGUCAGGGCCUCCAAAUGCUUGAGCAGAGCCAUGUAUUCCAACAUGUUGAAGGGUGCAAGAUCUCCAGUCUGCAAGGCAGUUAAA